UAAAAACGCAUUUCUUCUCAAGUGUUCUUGUGAAUAGUAUCUCCGCAAAACUGUAGUUAAAAUUAGAAUAAAAGGACUUAACCUUAAAAAAAUGAUUCCAAUAGAAGUGAUUCUGGGAUUAGCCGCAAUUUUACUGGCGCUGUAUUAUUAUUUCGCAUCGGCGUACUCAUUUUGGUCGUCACGAAACGUACCGGGGCCAAAGCCGAUCCCGCCGCUUGGAAACAUAACCCAAAUUCUGAUGGGCAAACAUAACCCUGCGACAUAUUUGCAGGAACUGUACAAAAAGUACCCGGACGCGCCGAUAGUUGGAAUUUACCGCGUGAGGGAGCCAAUUGCGUGUAUAAUGGACUUGGAUUUGAUAAGAGACGUGUUGAUAAAGGACUUCAGCAAGUUUGUGGACCGGGGUCAGGAAAUGAACGAGUCCGUGGAGCCGCUUUCGAUCAACAUAUUCAAUCUAGAGCCCAAAAGAUGGCGGAUGCUCCGCACAAAACUUUCUCCAAUCUUCACUUCAGGAAAAAUGAGAGACAUGUUCCACCUGAUCAUCGAGUGUGCUGAGACUAUGAACAAGUACUUGAGCAACUACGAUAAUCAAAUUGUGGAAAUGCGAGAAGUUACCGCAAAAUUUGCGACCGAUGUUAUUGGUGUCUACGCCUUUGGGCUCAAGGCUAAUGCGUUGGAAGACGAAAACAGCUUGUUUAGACAAAUUGGGAGACACAUGUUUGAGGUUAAGUGGACCACGGCCGGGAGAAAUCUCUUGAGCACUUUCUUACCGACUAUUUAUCAAUUGGUCGGGUGUAUUUUGCGCGAUGACAAGACUCAUAAUUUCUUGAUUGAUGUCACGAGAAAUACGCUGGAGUACAGGAAGAAGAAUAAUAUUGUACGGAAUGAUUUUAUUGACUUGCUGCUUAGGAUCAAGAAUCAGGGCAAGAUUGAUGAUAUUGAAAUAACGGACAAUCUACUAGCUGCCCAACUUCUAAUUUUCUUCGUCGGAGGAUUUGAGACAUCUUCAACAACAAUGAGCCACACUUUAUACGAACUCGCGAUUAACCAGCAUUGCCAGGACCGUCUUCGCCAAGAAAUCCGCGAAAGUUUGGAGAAGCACAACGGAAAGAUAACCUACGACACCAUCAAGGAAAUGGAAUACCUCGACAAAGUUUAUCACGAAUCUCUGAGGAAGCACCCCGCGCUGAUGAUGUUCACGCGUCGUUGCACGGAGCCAUACACGUUUGCUGGAACAAACGUGACCGUUCCAGCGAAGACUCUGGUCUGGAUUCCGUUGUACGCGAUUCAGUAUGACGAAAGAUUGUGGCCGAAUCCGGAAGUGUUUGACCCUGAGCGAUUCUCUGAAGAAAACAUCAAAACUCGUCAUCCUCAGGCUUUCUUGGCUCUCGGCGAUGGUCCGCGCAAUUGCAUAGGCGCAAGAUUCGGCGCUACCCAGGUCAAAGCCGGGCUGACCAAGCUGCUCAGUGAAUACAAAGUUGAAGUCUGUGAAAAAACUGAUCUAACUCGUGAAUUGAACAGACGCGGGUUCCUUCUGGUUCCCAAGAACGGAAUUCAGUUGCGUAUUAAAAAAUUGUAAUUGCAUGUAUACAAUUACUUACUUGUUUAUAAGUUCAUUUAACUUGACUUAUCAUUACAUUUUUAUCACGCCUAUGAAUAACUUUUAUCUUGAGAUAUGUUAGGUCAAGACUUUUCUGUAA